AUGCUUUUCUUUCUUGUGGCGAGUUACGAAACAACAUCAACUGCAUUGGCAUGGUUUAUUCAUCUGAUGAGUAAAAAUCCUCGUGUACAAGCAAAAAUCAAAACUGAACUAGGCGAUAAUAAACAACAACGUCUCUCUAUUGAACAACUUGAAUCUCUUGAAUAUUUGAAUUGUGUUAUUCAAGAAGUACUUCGUUUUGCACCACCUGCAUACGCCACUAUACGUAGUGUAACUAUUGACGAUAUAUUACCGGCAAGUGGCGUUCAAUUGCGCAAAGGCGAUGAAAUUUGGAUUAAUAUUUUUAAUUUAACUCGAGAUAAACGCUAUUGGAAGAUCGAUCCAGAUCUAUUCUAUCCUGAACGAUUUCAAGGUGAAGACAAAGAUCAUCAUCCAUAUGCAUUGAUUCCAUUCGGGAGUGGUCAUCGGCAAUGUAUCGGACAAGACUUAGCUCGAUUAGAGCUGAAAGCAAUCGCGGUCAGACUAAUGCAACACGUCACUUUCAGUGAUGGUGGUCUCGAAGUCAAUGCAGGUGGAUUCAUCUCAAAAACUAUGCUCAUGCCAAAGAAUGUUGGUGUGACAAUAACUUUCGACUAA